AUGAUCCAUAGAUUGCCAGAACAAUUUCCGUUCGAUGAAUUCGAUUCACGUUUCAACUUCAUCCGUUGCAAAAGGAAAAAGACACAUGCUGAGACUCUUCGACGACUUAUCGUCGACAACUUCAGCGGCUACGGAUCCGCAAAAGAUUUUCUACCACUUCUAAGCAGGAUCAAGACAUAUGACAUCAGAGCUAGCAUUACACGUGAUAUCCUUGGCUCGCUGUUAAUCGCCUCCAUGCUCCUUCCACAAGGCGAUUUUGUUUCAGGCGUGAUGAAUGGCAUGCUUUCCUCGGACAUCCCGGCAGGCAUUCUCUCCAUUGUACUACCUCAGAUUGUUUAUCCAUUCCUCGGGUCUUCACGACAUUGUACUUUAGGUACGAGUUUUUUGAGGGCCAAAUAA